AUGGAGAAGUAAGAACGAGACAGAUAAAUGAGUAUGCAUUUGAUUUAGAUUGCCUCCGAGUCGCUCAUUUCUCUUCACUUGCAGCACAUUGUGUACACAUUCAUUUAUACAAACUCCUCGUCUUCCGGGAAGUAUAUCAAGAUCACCAGCAUCGUACCAACAUGAACAUCUUCCUCCUCCUGCUGUACUGCACAGAAAUCCUGGGUGUAUUACUGUUCAUCCCGGGGCGUACUAGUGCAGACACAGAUACACAAAAUGUCGGGAACGUCACUUCUUCAACUUCUCUGCCAAAAUCCCAACAAGAUUUCAACACCACUGCCAGCAGCGUGUCAGAUGCUAACAGCUCUAUGAGCUCUGAGCCAUCUUCAGCAGUCAUAGAGAUGUCCACUAGUCGCAGCUUCCCACCUUCAUCUGGUCCAAAGCCCGCCACCGCCACCACUAAGACCACCACCACCAUCAGCAGCAGCCCAAAUGAGAUAUUUCAGAUAAAGGAAUGUCGCUCAGCACUCAUAGUGUCUGCUGGGCUGAUCCUAGCCUGCGUGAUUUUCCUGAUAACCACAUUGUUUUUGGCAUGUAGGACGUGCCAGCUGAGCAGACGCCUCAAGAGGCUGGGCGCCAACGCCGACCUGAUCAGCAACUCCGAAUACUGGAUGGGAACCGCCAAGAAGGACAAAAGCAAGUCAGACACAGAAGGCAAAGAGACCACCGUGUUGAUGUCUGACUUAACACAGGAAGAGAUGAACAAUGGUCCCACCAAAGAAGACGGAGGGAAGAUGAAAGAGGAUGGACAAAAGGGAGAAGAGAAGGAGGCGGGAGACGCAGCCAACGGUGAGGAAGUUGCAGCUGCGCCGGCAACUGUAGCUGAAAAUUCAUCCUCCUCAAAGCCACAAGAGGAGGCCGCCAACUCCCAGCCCGCCAAGGAUGCCGCAGCCUCCUCCUCUGAGGGCGCGGAGUAGCCAAAGGAUGUGCUCUAGAGUGUUCUUGCGUGUGAAGCCAGAAAGUUUCCUGAGCAACUACCUUCACCUCCCUGUAGCUCUAAAAUCCCUCCACUGUGAGAAAAAGGAUUUCUUUCAGCAGCUUUUUCCCGCCCUUCCAAUCGCACAACUCGCGUGUGCUCUUCAACUUGCCAACUUGAGCCUUUCUGAUUCAAAAACAGCUGGUUAAUAUUUCUGUAUUUUAAAAUCUGAAACGUGUUAAUAUCAAAAUCCACUUUUGUGCAAGUUGUUUACGCUUCACAUGUUUGAAAAAAGAAAUGAGAAAUAAACCAAGAAUUGUAACCUGAAUUGAA